GGGGCUGCGCUCCCGAGGACUGCGAAGCGGUGGCGGAGGCUGAGUGAGGGGGCUGUCGCGAAAUGAGUGCUUCAGCCAUGCGAUGAUGAGACUGAUGCACAAUGCCUGAUCAGGACAAAAAGCUGAAGAGCACAGAAAAAGCAACAGACAAAAAACCUCAUGGGAUUUCUAUGAGGGACUAUUCUGACCUUAAAAGACUUCAGUCUCUCUUAAAUGCUCCAUCAAGCAAACAACAGCUUUCAGCUGUACAUUUUGAAGGUGGUCAAAUCAGCAUAAUAAGAUCUCCGCAAAAUGUCAGAAGUGAUGGACAAAAACUCCAUCGUCAAUGGCAAGAGUCAACUGAAGCUGUUGAGCUUGAAAACUUUAGUGUGACCUACAAGAAUGAGAGAAAUUUUAGCAAACAUCCCAAACAUAAGCUGUUUCAAGAUAUUUUUACCGCUUUAGUUAAGAACAGAUUUAACUGCAGGGAAUGGGUUAAUCAAGCUCCAUCCAUCCAUUUUCUUAGAGUAUUAAUCUGCCUGAGAUUAUUAAUAAGGGAUCCAUACUAUCAGGAAAUGCUCUACAUCUUGGGUGGGAUUGAAAAUCUAGCUCAGUAUUUGGAAACAGUAGCAAAUGGCUAUCUAGAUUGUGGAGAAGAGAAACAUAACAUAGACAUGUUGGUCAACAUGACAUACAUUCUUCAAAAGAUUGCUGCUGUAAAAAAUCAAAGAGAAUGGGUUAUAGCAAGUGGAGCACAUAAAACCUUAGUAAAUUUGUUAUCUGCCAGAGACAGCAAUGUGCUUCUGGGUGCUCUCCUUGCCCUGAUUAGCUUAGCAGAAAGUCCAGAAUGUAGGGAGAAGAUAAGUGAGCUCACCAUUGUUGAGAACUUGCUGAUGAUAUUACGUGAAUACGAUUUGCUUUCUAAAAGGCUCACAGCAGAGUUGUUACGUCUUCUCUGUGCAGAGUCACAAGUCAAAGAGCAAGUUAAAAUUUAUGAAGGAGUUCCAGUUUUGCUCAGUUUACUCCAUUCUGAUCAUAUCAAGCUUCUGUGGAGUGUAGUUUGGAUUCUUGUACAGGUUUGUGAAGACCCUGAGACUAGCGUGGAAAUCCGAAUUUGGGGUGGAAUCAAGCAGCUGCUUCACAUAUUGCAGGGGGAAAGAAAUCUUGUUUCUGAUCGCUCUUCACUUGGAAGUUUAUCUAGUGCAAAUGCAGCAGGGAGAAUUCAACAUCUUUUUUUAUCAGACGAUUUGAGUCUUGAUGAGAUGCAAGAAAAUACUUUCUCCCUUCAAGCAGCUUGUUGUGCUGCAAUUACUGAACUGGUGCUCAAUGAUACUAACGCUUACCAAGUAGUACAGGCAAAUGGAAUAUAUAUAGUAGCAAAACUGAUUUUACCAGACAAAGAAAGGAAUGCUGAAAAAGCUUAUUUAUUACAGUGCUAUGCUUUCAGAGCCCUGAGAUUUCUCUUCAGUAUGGAAAGAAAUCGACAUAUCUUCAAAAGACUUUUUCCUACUGACUUGUUUGAAAUCUUCAUUGAUAUUGGACAUUAUGUGCGUGAUAUUAGUGCUUAUGAAGAGCUGGUAUCAAAGCUGAAUUUAUUAAAGGAGGAUGAAUUGAAGCAAAUUGCUGAAAGUAUUGAGAGCGUCAAUCAGAAUAAAGCACCUACAAAACAUAUAGGCAAUUAUGCAAUUUUAGAACACCUUGGCAGUGGAGCUUUUGGAAGUGUAUAUAAGGUUAGAAAACAUAAUGGGCAAAAUCUUCUGGCACUGAAAGAAGUCAAUUUACACAAUCCAGUAUUUGGAAAGGACAAAAAAGACAGAGAUAGCAGAGUACAGAACAUUGUCUCUGAGUUAACCAUCAUCAAAGAGCAGCUUUAUCAUCCAAAUGUUGUACGUUAUUACAGAACCUUCUUGGAAAAUGACAGACUGUACAUAGUCAUGGAACUCAUAGAUGGGGUGCCAUUGGGAGAACACUUUCACUCUUUGAAGAAAAAGCAACAACAAUUUACAGAAGAAAGAAUAUGGAAUAUAUUUAUCCAACUUUGCCUAGCUCUUCGUUAUUUACAUAAAGAGAAGAGGAUUGUUCAUCGAGAUCUCACUCCAAACAAUAUCAUGCUGGGGGAUAAAGACAAAGUCAAAAUUACUGACUUUGGUCUUGCAAAGCAAAAGCAAGAAAACAGCAAACUUGCAUCAGUAGUGGGAACCAUUCUGUACUCUUGGUUUCAGAAUCUGUCUUUUACCUCCUCUUCCUGCUUUAGACUUUGUUCCAGGAUGCAUCUGAAGGAAAACCCUGAAGUUGUAAAGAGUGAGCCAUAUGGAGAGAAAGCUGAUGUCUGGGCUGCAGGAUGUAUCCUUUAUCAGAUGGCAACUCUGAACCCACCGUUUUACAGCACCAAUAUGCUCUCCUUGGCAACUAAGAUAGUAGGGGCUGUGUAUGAACCUGUGCCAGAUGGACUAUACUCUGAAAAAGUGUCAUUUACCAUUAAGAGGUGCUUGACCCCUGAUGCAGAGACACGUCCAGACAUAGUGGAGGUCAGCUCGCUGCUGUCUGAUGUGAUGAUGAAAUAUUUGGAUAUUUUAUCCACCUCCCAUAUCACGUUGGAGAAGAAACUGGAUCGGGAGAGAAGACGAACCCAGAGGUACUUCAUGGAAGCUAACCGAAAUGCAGCAGUCUGUCAACAUCAGCUUUCUAUUUUACCACAAAACCAUUAUGACAAGUUGAGUCUUCAAGGAAGCACCACUGGAACAGCCAGUUGCAAAAGUGAUUUUUCAGAAAACCUUGGCAUCCUGGCAGAGAAUUGUCAUUCUACAUGUAGAAAAGAUGAGAAGAGAACAUAUGAAGAAAUCCUGAUAGAGGACAACAGUAGCUUAGAGAACUCUGAGAAAGAUUUGUUCUCAGAAUUAGAUGAUGAGCUCGAUGUAUUGGACAACUUAAGUAGUUCCAGUUCAAGUCAUUUGAAAGAGUCUGCUUUUGGUAUCGUAAAACAAAGCCUUGGUACUUCUGAAAGACAACCUCAGAUUAGAGACUGUAUUGAAUGCCUGGGAUCAAGACUGCGACCAGCAUCGGCAGGAAUUGCUGUAUCACAAAGGAAAGUGCGUCAGAUCAGUGACCCUGUUCAGCAGAUUCUUAUUCAGCUGCACAAAAUUAUCUUCAUCACUCAACUUCCUCCAGCUUUGCAGUGCCACUUGAAAAGGAGAGUCAUUGAGAGAUUCAAGAAGUCCCUCUUCAGUCAGCAGAGCAAUCCUUGUAAUCUGAAAUCAGAAAUGAAAAAGCUGCUCCAAGGUUCUCCUGAAUUGAUUGAUACCAACUUUUUUACAGCAGAUUGGCAUAUGGUACUUCUGUCAUCCUCUGGCAAUAUGUUAGUUCCAGAAGAUAGAAAAGGUAUUGUUGGCACUUCUGACAUAGCCGAAGGGAUGACAUAUGAGCAGUUACAGACCUUAAUUGAGGAGGUUCUAGAGGAAAGUGGUUAUUACAAUUUUUCUUCGAACAGGUAUCUUUACUAUCCAACAAAGAGCUAUUCAGCAAAAGAAGAGAACUCAUAAUUCUGAUCAAAGGGUUCAGAACUCCAGAACUUGUCUUCUCCAGUGAAGACAAACUGCCUGUAUUUCAGCUGAUGCUUCUGAUACUGAAGAGGAAAGUUUUGCUCGUUAAACACCAACCUGAAGGGAUCCCAGUGUUGAAUGUCUUCAAGAAACCUCAUGAUUUUUCAGGAUUAUACUUGUAACCUUAGCUUUGUUUACAGCAUAAGCACUUUACAAAGAACACUGGGAAAGAUGCUUCCAGGUUUCUACAUUAGGAGAAAAGCACAGCUCCCAGAAGUACACAUCUCCUAUUUUUAUAUACUUUUUAAAAAUAGUUGUUGCAUAUUUAGGUUUUCUGGAAUACUAGUUCAAAGCCUGUAGCCUUAUUCAUGUCCAUUUAUGUCUUCUAUGGAAAGAAAAAAAGCUUUAUAAUACCACCAGACAGAAAAUAUAUGUAGGAUCCCUGCAUGAGAACUAAGAACAGAUUAUAGAUCAUCAGUGUGAUUUUAAUAGUUAGAUUUUUUUUUGCUUACAAUUGGAUAGUGGCAAAUUCGAAUGCCGGUAUGACAUGUUAAUAGUCAUUUGCAGCUGGUAUAGCACCUGAGUGGACUGUUAUUUUUAAAAAUGUUGUUUUUACUACUGUUUGAAACUGUGUUUAUUAUAUGUCAGUCUCUAGGCAUAUUUUGUAUAGAUCUGUGUAUAUAAAAUAUCAUAUACACACAUUUUAUAUAUACAUUCAAUUAUUAACAGACUAAAUUACAUACAUGCCUAGCUGCUAAUCAAAACUGUAGUACUUAAAAGCACUUUGAGAAUUUCAACAUUUAUUCACUAUACAUUAAAUGAGAUAAAAAUAUCUCACUACAGUAGCAGAGAAGCUUUUUUUUUCUUUUUUUUUCUUUUUUUUCUUUUUUUUUCUACAGUUAAGUAAAGAAUGCUAUAAAGUAGAAAUGCUUUUCUCUGCAGUUGAUACUGUGGCAAUCAUAACUGCUGAAAAUAACCAGAAGACACUUGGUGACUUAGUCCUGUUAACUCUGUUGAAAAUGAUUACAUUAUAUUCAACAUAUAACAAUUCUUAAGUAGUUACAUACAGAGGGAUGUUCUGUUCUCUUACAGGCUGGCAAAGUCAUUGUCCCCUGUCCUCCCUGUCCAAAGGUUUGUUUGUAACUAUAAAUUGCUAACUAGCAUUAAUUUCUUUCAAUUCAAGAGCAUUAUUUCACAUAUAAUGAGUGACUUCAACAUUCCAAAUUGUGAAGCUGAGAAAACUGACCCUCUUUUCGUAUACAUGAUGCGUAGAAAGUCGUCAGGUGCUAUCUUUCCACUAACCUAAUAGUAUAGUUGUGAUAGCAAAGGUAUAUUAAUGGCUGCUUUAGAAAUCAAAUUAAAAAGGCAAAGUUGAUCAUGACAUAUUCGAUGGUGAAGAUACAGAUAAAAGUGUUCUGAAGAAGAAAAAUAGCAUAUGCAGUCCUUGUGGAAUGGUUAAUAUAAAGGAGAAAAAGCAGUUUGGUCUUCAGUCAAAUACUGUCAUUUUAGUAAUUUCCACCAUUGCGUGUCCUUUAAUUAUCUCCUACUUUCUUUUUUCCUGUAGCUACUGCCACAGCUUAUUCUAAUCUUUCUUUACAAGUAUAUCUCCUUUUGCCUGGCUGAAGGAGAGUGCCACCCAACAAUAGGCAGUGAUUGAUGGUGUCAAUGUGCCAUGCCUACUACUUUGCCACCACAUCUUACCGAAUACAGACCUCUACUUUAAAUUAUAUUCUUUUAAGUGUACUUUUAGCCAGUAACUUCAAUAUGACGUCUGUUUUAAUGACAAAAACUAAAGAUUGUAUAUGCUGUAUCUAGGUGAAAAUGAAUGUUUGUAUACUCUGGGUGUCUUCAAAAACAGUUAUUUUCUACCUGGCAAACCUGAAGAUGGCCAUGGUAUAAUUUCUCCUGUUUUUAUAUGUAUCUUCAGAGAGCUAAGGCAAACUCUUUCAUAGUUUGAUAUAAGAAAGUACUUGGGUGUAUUGCCUGACCAAGACAUAUAAGGUACCGCCAGUUACUGUUUUCAAAAUAAUUUUAUUUGCUGUAGAUGGUGCACUUCUAGCAAUGUCACCAUUAGAACAUCUGGAAAUUUUAUAUUGUUGGAAUGUAAUGGAUGCACUAGAAAUACUCUGGAUCUUAUUCCAAGCAUGUUUUGAAUUAGCAUUGUUUAACUUUUGUCAGGAUAUGUGUGGUAGCAUAGCAUUCAUUUAUACUUUAUGAAAUAAUUUUUCUUUAGAAAUAGAAUGACUCCUAUUGUGUUUCUUUUAAUAUAUUUGGAGUGCUGUUAACUUUGAAGCAAAUUUGUGUUCAUUUUUAACUGUUAAAAAUGGACGACUAGAUAGUGGUCAGCAGAAAGGAAGCUUCUUCCAAGUAACUACGAGAUUGGAUGUGGAUGCAUGGCAUAUACAGCUGGACCUCCCAUGACAAAUGAAAGCAGAGAAUCAGUGGUCUUCUCUAUUCUUUCAGUGGAGUUUAUUGGGAUAUAUGUUUUUUUCCUGUUUGCAACUGAAUUGACAUGCUGGCUAUCAUAGAAAAGAGCUGAUUUUUUUUUCAACGUUUCUGUGCUCUUUGAAUUAUCUAACCUUGUCUCAUUCCAAUUACUGGAGAUGGUUGAGAUGGUUUGAUAUAUAUAUACAUAUACCCAGAGGAAGAUUAAGACACAAGCAGGGUCAAAUGUUGUCUGAUUGGUUUAUUACAAAUUCCAAGCAGUUAAGGAAUGCUGGGAAGGUGGGAAGAUUAGAAAUGGUAGAGAGAAAUUUUAGUGAGUGGGUCACCAUCAUGGGUACAGUGGUGCUUUGUUGGUCUGUAGUGGGCUGCAGGUCAGUCAGCAACAUCUUGUUGACCUGUAUGUCUGCAAGUUUCUUGGAGGGGGUACCCAUUCUACUUCUGAACUCUUCAGGUUUUUAUCCUCUUUGUUUGGCUCUUGUGCACCUAUGAUUGCUCGGGGCAGCAGCUCAUGUUCCCCACACUGGGUGAUCUGCAGUGAUCAUGCAGCAAUCACGUGCCUGCAACCUGGCAGGCUGUUGGGCAUGCAUGCUGACUGCAUGGUGGUCAUUUUCUCCAAAACAACCCUAGAAGCCAGCCUGACCUGCAAACAUCAGCUGAAAGUUCAUUCUUUCUGGUCACUCAACUGCAUAAUUUCCUCUUAUCGGCUUGAUCAUGGUCUCAGGUGGGUGUCGCUGAACAGUCUUUGAGACAAGAACGCUUUCUCCCAGCUUCUCACAAACUUGCAGCGAUUAACCACUCUUUGUCUUUGUGCUGUUACUGAUUUUAAAACCAACAGUUCGGUCAAAUUGGUGUAAUGAUUAGGAAAAUGGCUGCAUUAAAAUGGUAGACAGGUGGUAUAAUGCAUCUCAGUUGACCCUGUGUAUCACUGUGCGUAUCACCAAUACUAUCAAGGGUCAGUGCUCCUAAAUGAACACAUAAGGAUAUUAUAUUACUCUGAAUAGUGCUGAAAUGAGUCAUUUGAUUGCUUCCAAACUAGAAAUGUAGAUUUCUUAAGAAUGAGUAUUCACAAAGAACUAUACAAGUAAUUUAGUGAUGGUAAAUACAGAGAAUACUACCUAUUUUGGCUAGUUGGUGAAUUCCUAUUUUCUUAUGAUAUUUUCUUAUAAAUAAGGAUUUACAGAUAUCAUUUGGGCAUAAUUUUGUGAAAAUGAAGUAUCUGUGUGCAUCAUUAGAUUUAAACCAUAUAUACAUUGCAAAUGAGAUUUUCUUAGUACAUUGUAUUUGUGAUGCAAUGCUUCCUGGAAAGAACAGCAAGCAGUUCAGAGAAUUUUUGUUCAUCUAGAUCACUCUUCUGGGACCUUAAAAUUGCAUAUAUGGGAUGCAUGUCCCUAAAUUCUAACCCAUGUAUCUCUAAUACUGGAACUUUUGUUUUAGUUUGAAAACACACACACACACACACACACAAAAGUAGGGCAAUUAACUGCCAAAGAAAUUUAUUUGUCUUAGCUAUUAAUUAAUGGCAUUAAUAAAUAGAUGUCCUCUGCUGCUAAUCAGGGCACAUUGUAUUUUACAUUGUUUGCAAAGGAACAAGAGCCAGUUCUGCCAUGAAUAAUUUCUGUAUGACUAAAUUCUGUAUAGAAAAUACAGACACAGCAUAUUUACGGAAAGACAGAAAACAAAUACAAGUUGCCCAAUAUCAGCAGAAAAACUUGAGAAUGUGACUUACAGCUCCCGAGUUCCAAUCCAAUGCAUAACUUGUAUCCUGCAAGGUGUGUAUCUUUUAUUUUCUUGUAUGCUUUAAUCUUUAAUGUAGCCUGUGCAAAAAUGAGAAAAACAGGUGUAGCUGUAAUUAUUUAACUACUUGAAAAAUUUUCCAUGAUGCUUGCUGCUCACGGCGUUGAAGGCACUGUACUAACUGUACACAGCUAACUUAUGAUUACUUGUGAGUUAAUCUAAACUCUGGCUUACACAGGCAUUUCCUUCAGUUUUCUUGGCUGCAGUGAAGUACCUGAGAUUAUGUAGUGUUCUGCCUUCUAUUGUUCAUACUUUCGCUUACUUUCUAUAGUCAUCUAAUUGCCAAUUUAUUCUCAGGAGAAUGCAUUCUCAGAAUGUAGUGCAGCCUGAUUUACGUAUCUUUUGCUCUAUCUGACUCAUUUCUCAGUCCUCUGUCAUAUUCCUGAAUAAUCAAAUGUUGACAGUAGAUAAUUAAUGAGUUUUAUUCCAUAUGGGAAUUCCUGGUAACAGUCAAAAAAUAACAUAUUUAAAAGAUUGUAUUUCUUACAAUCACUGCAACUUACAGAAGUACUGCCUCAUUAUUGGUAUUUCAUAUCAAGAAAUUUGGCAAGUAGCUCAUGGACUUACGGAAUUAUGCUAAUUAAAGAAGAAAGGCCAACGACACUUGUUAAAACCAAGAAGGCUCUUAGCGUUGACUUUCUCAACCUCAAUAACAUACACACUUCUAGCAUGUCUGUAAUUUGUGGGGAAUUCUAGCCUGCUUUUGGGAAGAACUGGCAAUUAGGAAUCUCAGGAGAGGUGAAAGGAGAAAACCACUUGAGAAUUUUCAUUUUGACUGUAUGAAGUAGCCAUGUAUUUGCAUUUAAAAUCUUCAGAUAUGAAAGCUAUGUUGUUCAGUUUGCCUACAUCGACAACAGCAAUUGGAAAAGAAAGAUCUUCUGAGUCAUUUUGUUUCUUGACUUUGAAGGAAGCUUAAUUACAUGAAUCCUCUCUGUUCAGCUGUUCUCAACAGUAGAUGGUGAGGUUCACAACAAGAAACUAUUCAUUUAAAAAAUAUUUGACAUCUGAGUCCUCGAAUUCCCUAUGAAACAGAAAACUUGCAUCUGUUAGAAUUUUGAUUCCUUUAUUAAACAAAACUGCCAUGUUUUGCCCUAACUUUUCUUUCCCUACUUUCAAAACAGUUCUAGUAUGUUUUUAAUUUCACCAAGUACAACACAUUUCUUGGCUUAUUCUGUAACUGGACUUACUAAGUUUUGCUCAUAACUGUGAUGUAUCAAUACCUACAGUACUAUCUUUUGUCUGCCUCCAUCUCCACUGGUACGAUACACAGAUACAGAUGGUGUCGGGAAUUUGUCUCAGCAAUGAAAUUGGUAGUCUGCUACACUCAAGAUCCUGCUUAUGGAAAGGCACAGUAGAACAUUUUUAUAUGUUGGUGUAGAGAUAUGUAUAUAUGUAGAGAGAGAGAGAGCACCAUGUGAUUUUUUUGUUCAUAUAGUUGAAAUCUUUGCAGUCUAACUCAAGAAUCAUUGUUAAUCUAAAUAUGUUACAGAAAAAAAGGAAUAAGAAUUCAGUUAAAAUUGCUUUGAAAACAUUUCUUGUUUUCUCACUUUAAGGGGGUUCUGCCACCCUUUCACUGCUCCCGUGUUUCCUAGGGCCAGUAGUUUAAUUCUGUUGAGGAUGUUACUAUGAGUUGUCAACAUCUGAGCCCCAUGCCAGGAGGAACAUGCUAUUCAUACUGACGGCUUCUUCCUCCUCAUUCUAGGACUCACCACUAACAGGCUUUUAUACCUUUGCUGUUUCUUUAUUAUCAAUGAAUUAUUGAUCAAAUGAGUGAUACACACCUGGUCAGUUAAAGAAGUUUUGGGUACAACAAGUAAAACAAAGCUGUAAGCAGAUCAAGACGUGUUCAAACAAAGCAAGUCUGACAAGCCUUGCAAAUUCAAUGUGAAACUUGUGGCCUGUAAUUAGCAAUGGUACUGCUGUACUUCAGAGUUAUAGGAUUACAGCUUUAAUAACUAUUUGAAAUGCACUGAAGUUUGCCUAUGUAGCCUGUAUGCUGCUCUUAAUGCACUCAGAAGGUUUUUAACAUGCUAGCAAUACUCUCAUGCAUCUGAAAGGAAGGCCAUGUUAGAAAAGCAUGGUCAGUAAGGUCUGGCUGAUGCAUGAUCAGCAGUAUUCAUUUGAAAAGAGGCAGUUCUUUAGAGCUUGCCAAAAUGUGCAUUGCUGUUUCUGACUGUGACUACGUGGCUGAACAAGUGGGGAGCUAGUUUUCUUUCAGGGCAGCAAACUGCCAUGGUAGAAUAAAAAAGAAAAAGCUAGAAACAGAUCUAUUGUGCAGGAGAGAAAAUGAUCCUCGUUGCCAAAUAAGUGAUCUGAAUACUGAGGACUUGCUGCCUGUGUAUCUGGUGCAGCCUGCAGUGCAAUGUUGACAGAUGGGAAGAGAACACUGCCUUUGUGAACUGAACAGAACACUACCUACCACUGCUGUCUUGCAGCCGUUCAUUGGGCAUCUGGGCUCUUUCACAGUGGAGUUCCCUAAUAAACAAUUCAACUUCUAGCCACUGAAAAGUUCAUGGUGAUUAUGAAGAUAUAUUAUUGGAAGGCAGUAAGCCAGAUAAUCUACUCUUUAAGCCUACUUAUACUUCUUAACUUUUCUACCUGGUCCUCAGGCAACAUAGGGAUGGAGUUGGCCCAUAGGAUACCUUCCUAACUGAAUUUCUUUAGCAGUUUAAUGCAUAUUUGUUCUACAAAUUCAGCUCUAUCUUUAUAAAUUCAUUGAAACGAGACAUUCAAUUUCCCUCAUUUAGAAAGAUUUUU